ACGAUUAUACUACACUAGAUCGUACCUGCUACAUUAUUCAAGGAUACUAGUAUUACAAAUGGCGGGCAUUAAAGUAGGAGAUAAGAAAUUGUCUUUAUGUUGUUUUAUAUUUUUCUUACAUGCUUUUGGUUCUUCUGGACAGGUCAUCGGAAUUGGAGGAUUGAUAAUAAAUGUUGUGAGGACCGGUGUGGAGAUUGUGAAGAUUGUAGACAACAAAGGCAUGCGUUUGUCUCACAUUAAUGACAUCGUCGAUGGACUGAAAGGAAAUAUCAGAUCAUCGACUAGUGGAAUUAAGACAAGUAUCGGUCUUUCUUCAAGACUUGGUUUAAUAGACGACACCGUGAUUAAUAUACAUAGCUCAUUAAUUGAUGUAGUGAAUAUUUUAGAGGCCACGACCAUGACAAACAGAGACGAAUAUACACGUUUAUUUGUCAAACGCUUUGAAGACAAUGAAAUGAUUAAAUAUAUACGCUUUCUACCACAGCUUCUGACAUAUAAUAUACCUGGAGCAUCUGGGAAGUUGAUUGAUUUGCUAGCAGACAACACUCGAUGCAAUAUGACGUCACUCGAUGCGUUCAAAUAUUUCUAUGUGAACCUCUUGUCAGAUGGAAUAGCUAUCGACCUACUUUACUUACAUUUAAGCACUAAACUUCCUUUGAAUAAGACAAUUAAUGAAUGGAAUGCAUCGCUUAUAAAAGUAGCAAAUAUCUUUGAUAAUAAACAAGCAUCUUGUAUGACGAAAUUUCCUGAAUUCGCGCAAGAGGACGUGAACAAUGCUGUUGCUGCUGUUACACUUUGGUCAAAUAAUAAACAAAGAUACCCAUGGAAAAGAUCGGAUGUCAUCUUUUUAAAAUCGAUGGGCACUUUCCAGUUUCUGUACCACAAGUCGAGAGAAAAUCAUCUCUUUUGGCAAAAAUCUUCACCGAGAGUUAAAAUAGCUGUAUUCAACGAUAUCAAUGACACCUUUGUUAAACCAGAUAUUUUUGUCAAUUUUUCACAAACACUCAAGUCAUCUAUGGAAGGGAAAUGGGAUGAUGAAGCCGCCCUGCAUGUCGGACAGCUUGUAGAAAAACAUCUUGAGGAACAAGGAUUGGCUAUAACUUCCCUUGUGGUUUUCUUCGAAGGUGGAAAGUUUUCUAUCGAAAAUGUCCAACUCGAUUCUGAUUCACAAGUCAUUCAGUUAACCAUACAAGAUGUCAAACUGAGUCACUGUACUGGAAGCUCUUUCAUGUGUACUUUGGAUGUUAAGAAUUGGUUCGGUGGAACAGAAGAGGUUUCCGGUAAAAUGAAUGUAUUUGCGUACUUGACCAAAGCAGAUUUGGGUCGGGAGUAUACUGUUGAGAAGCCAACGUAUAAAACCGGAUUAAGUGCCCGAAAUCACCCCGUUUCUGUAGCCGUUUAUUUGAUAACUGUUUUAUUUAUUUUUGCAAUUGAGUUCCUGUAAAUGGAUUUUAAAGAUUUAAUAGGAGUGUCGUCCAAAUAGUUAUAAGACUAAAUCUUCUGACUUCAUAUUGCAUUAAAUUUCGAAUAUGUUCAUAUGUACGGCGAUCAUUAAACAAUUUGAGCUUAAGUUAACUAUAUAAUUAUUUGGAAAAGCGUUUCUUCCAUAUUUACCAUGGUUACAUGUUCCCGGCGCACAAAAAAAUUGAAAAUAUGGCAGGGUCGGUUUGAUUGAACCUAUACAUCGACGGUACUGUCAAGUGAGAACUGCCGUCUACGCCCUAUAGCACCGGCAUUUAUUCAUGGUAAUUGUGUAAUUUUGAACAUCAGUGAUUACGUAUUACAAGAAAAUUGCAGAUAUGAUAGGUGUAAACUUUGAAAAUGUGAUAUUUUAUGUAUUACGAUUUACGAUGUAUUUUGAUGAAAUCCAGUAAAUAUUUUAUAUUGCAUUACGUUUAUUUUGGGUGAUUUUGUUAUUGUUUUAUUUUCAUUUUUAUAUUGCCAUAUUGUGAUAUGUUUUGUGUGUUCUAUGAAAUAGAAUUUAUAAGUAUCUGUUUAUUGUGAACGCUAUUUAAGAUCCAUGAUUAUGUUUUAGAAAGGCUUUUAUUUUCAUUUCUCUAAACAUUUUUAAUUUUGAGUUACUUUUAUAGCUUCUGAAAGGUUACUUAUUGGCCAAGUUCAUGAACCAUCUUUUUAUCUGUUGCUUUUUUGCAAUAAGUGCAUUUGUAGUGAAUAAGCCCUUUGUAUGGCAUGUAUGGAAGUUUAAAUACAACUAUGCGUACAUUUUGCUACUUUUAUGACAAAUUAUUCCAUAUAGUUAUAUUGCAAAUUCCUUCGGUAAAAACAUUUAACAUUUUCUAACACCAUUAUUUAAUUCAAAGUGUAAUAAAAUCAUGUUUGUCAUGUAUUUGUUUCUGAUGCACAACGUGCCUUUAUCUUUCCUGUACUAAAAGUAAUAACAAUUUACGUGCUACCAAUUUAAUUGUGUAAAUACGUUCUAAUAAAUUUUAGCCGGCUUAGUGUUUUAACUUUUUUUUAUAGAUAGUCGCUUUACUAGACUGAUAAACAGUUUGCCAAUUUACCAAAGUAAAUGUGUUACGAUUCAUUUGAAGUAGAUAAUGGGCAAAAAAUAAUUUCAAACACUAGCAUGAUAUUUAAUUACGUUAAAUCUACUUAAGAUACAAUACAUUUGGCGUGAUUAGGGUCAGUUGAUGUAUAUAAAAAGGAGUAAUAUUUCAUAUUUUUGAUUCGUUGAUUCUUUUAAAAACGAAAUCUACUUUAACAAAAAUAAGUUUAUCAUAGAAAUAGAUCGUAAUCUAAGCGCAAUAACUGGUUAACUCCUAUUAAAUUGUAUAAGGAGUUAACCCGUGUUUGCACUAAGGUUACGAAAUAAUACUUAAACUUUGUUUGUGUUACUUAUAUUUCAUACCAUUGUUUUUUGUGUUUUUUUUCGUUAACCUGUAUUUUUACUAUUUUAAGUAUUUCCAUUGUGUUUGAUAUUUUUGUUCAAAUUACAAUAAUAAUAAUAAUUGAUAAUAAUAAUUAUAAUCAUCAUCAUCAUUAUUAUUAUUAUCAACAAAAUGCACAAGACGGCUGUGUUACAAUGAUACUAAGGAUGAUAGUUAUAUAAUAGUUAUAAUCAUGUGAGAAACAAAAAAAUAAGCUUGAAAUGUCUCGUUUGAUAAAUAAUUUAAAUCGAACUUUUCCUUUUUAUAAUAACCUGGACAGACAGAAACGAAGACAUAUCGUAAAAGCGAAAUAUUAUCCAGACCGUAUACAGGUUCUAACAAAUUAACUUUCAUUUCAGUAAUAGAUGCUAACUGUAAAAUUUAUAAUGUAUAAAUAUAAUUAAUGAAACAUUUUUGGAUUCAACUUCUUCGAAUGACAAGAAUAUUGCUUUUCAUUUUCCAAUAUUUUUUCUAUAGCUUAUAUUAGAAAUAAAUGAAAAAAUAAAACGUUUCAUAUUUGAGAUUUGGAUUUGCAUGUAAGAAAAAGAAAAUGCGCAGGAUACUUAUAGUUUCAGAUGUUACACUGAUGAAAGGUGUGAAUAUUAUUAAUAUUAUCAGUCAUAUGUUGCGUCCAGAUCAGAAUAUACGUCCAGAGGAUGAUCCGCUCAAGGGCGGGAACCCGAGGGGCGGAUAUUCCAAUCCGAACCGCAAACAUGUGUCAGAUAUUUUUUCUUGCAUAUUCUACCAUAUUCCAUUAUAUUUUAAACUCUUUACCUUAUAAAACAAUUUUCCGUGGAUAUUUAUAUCAUUACAUUCGUAACUUCUGCAGUUUCUUACAAUAGCGUUUGAAAUUCAUAACUGUAAAAUUACGUCAUCCUAAGCGUGCCACUGUACAGCACGCGGCUCAUCUUGCACCACUCAUACCAGAUAAAAUUUCAGGCAUGGGUAAAACUGACGGAAAUGCCAGUCUGAUUUGCAAGAAAUAAAUAUAACAUAUCGACGAAAAGACAUAUUAUUUUUAAUAUCAAAAACAGAAAUAUUGUAAAUAUCUUAAGAUGUUGUACUUAAUAUUUCAACAGAAGUCAUUACAUGUUGCAUACUUUCUUAUUUCUUCAUGUUUCUACAGGUAAAUAGUUAUAUACUGUAUUUAAUUAAUAUGGUCAUGUCCUUUUGUGUAUAUUGUUAAAAAAGCUGGGUAUUUUGUCGCUUAAAAUCAAUUGGAAUAUUUUUAAAAAUGUAAAAGAGCUUGAAUAGAACAGAAUUUCACACCAGCGAAAGAGCACAUUUUGUAACUGUAUUGAUAGCAUUGGUGGUGAAUAUCAUUAUCUGUUAGAGUUUUUUUGCACUAAGAUAAGGGCAUUUAGAUCACCAAUAUAUAAGAAACCCUAAUAUUAUGACAUUUAAAUCUGACAUGUAUACAUAUACAAAACAUUAUGAUAAGUACAAGCACUUUUGUAGAUAUGUCAAGGAAAUUAUUAAAAACUUUUGAUAAUAGAUAAUUUUGCAAUAUGAUGUAUGUCUAACAAUUAAUACCACAAUGAACAAUUUAUACCAUAAUAUGUGGCUUGUUAUAAAAUCUGUCUCAUAUUUAACGUUUUUAAUUUAUUUAAGUAACGAAAGUUUUAGAUCAUUUUAUCUGAGUCGAUGACAGAUCUCAUAUUGAUUACAUUAUUGUUAUUUAAUAUAAAACAGAUGUGAUAUAAAAAUGUGAUAUGAAAAUACGAGAUAUGUCCAUGCAUGUUUUCAUUGUUAUGUAUGCCUCUAUAGUUAAUUUUGUAAAUAUGUUAUAGCUCAUAUUGUCAAAUUAUUCGUAAAUCGAGUGUUAAAUAAACUUGUAAACUUGA